UGCCGUCUCUGCGAUGCCCACAUCGCCAUUUUAGUCACUCCUCCUUCCGCCAACUCCAACGUCUCCUUCUACUCCUUCGGCCACUCCUCCGUCGACGAUGUCGUCGAUGCCUUCCUCCACAACCGACCUCCGACAUCGUCCCAUGAUCACGCCUUGUCCAAGAACAGGGAUCGCUUGGCGGGAAAGAAACCCAGUUCGGGACUAGGGUUUCGCUGGGAGGAGGAUGGGUUCGAGGAAACGGCUAACACGCGGGAUUUAGAGGUCGCCAUCGACGAGAUCUCCGAGCUCAUGAACAUUGUGAAACGCCGACUGGACGACAAGAUGAACGAGACACCUCGCCUCGCGGAGACGACGAAUCUUGCAGAGCCAUCGGUUCUGGGUUUGGAAAGCGACGGCGGAAAGCGCGAUGAUUCUCUUGUCGGAAACCUUGCGCCGCAAGUUUCAGACCAACCCAUAAUGGCGAUU